UGCACCACCGCAGCAUUCGAGCUGCCACAUACACAGCUCUGGAAGAGGGCCUGAGUCCUCUGCCCAAAAGAGCCAAACCCACAUAUCUGGCCAUGGACAAGGAGAACCAGAUCAUCGGUUAUGUGGUGCCCAUCUUCAGGGGCAGUCAUGAUUUUGCGAGCGGCCUGUCGGACACAGAAGAAGCUCGUGCUAAAGUGAGUACUGGUUAUGUGUCUGGCCGUGAGCUGUUCUCCAGUGGCGUGGAGUCUGAACGCAGCCGCAGAACCGUCAUGAGGGAGUCUGCAGAGCGCAUCUCACUUAGCAAGAGGAUCCAUGAGAACGAAGAGUACCACAAACGUCAGAACGAGGACAGCCUGAUGCACACACCCGAGUUCGUGAUCAAGCCGCGCUCACACACUGUGUGGGAGAAACAGUGUGUGCGGCUCCACUGCACCAUCUCAGGAUGGCCCGACCCGCGCGUCGUCUGGUACAAGAACAAUGUCAGCAUUGAUCCCAUGUCCAAUCCAGGGAAGUACAAAGUGGAGAGCAGCUACAAUGUGCACUCGCUGGAGAUCAACAGGUGUGAUUUUGAUGACACCGCGCAGUAUCGAGUGUCUGCCAUGAACAGCAAAGGCGAGAACUCAGCUUAUGCUUCUGUUGUCGUCAAAAGAUUCAAAGGAGAGUUUGAUGAAUCUCUGCCAUCUCCCAGACUGCCACCUUGUCUGGAGUAUGGAGUGACGUUUGAGACGCACAUCGUGGAGAAGUUUGGUGUGGCUUUUGGACGUGAAGGAGAGACGUUGAGUUUUGGCUGCUCUGUCAUCAUUUAUCCUUCACUGCAGCGCUUCCAGCCGGAGAUCGAGUGGUACAGAGAUGAUAAGUUGCUGGUGCCGUCGAAGUGGGUUCAGACGCAUUGGAGCGGCGACAGAGCGACACUGACUCUCACACACCUCAACAAGGAGGACGAGGGUCUUUACACACUGCGCGUCAUCACCAAAUCUGGCUUCCAGUCUCACUCCGCAUAUGUGUUCGUCAGAGAUGCUGAUGCUGAUGUUGCCGGUGCUCCUGGCGCUCCAUUAGAUGUUCACUGUCUGGAUGCUAAUAAGGAUUAUGUGAUUGUGGCCUGGAAACAGCCUGCAGUCGAUGGCGGGAGUGCCAUCCUGGGUUACUUUGUUGACAGGUGUGAGGUCGGCACGACACACUGGGCUCAAUGUAAUGACACUCCGGUCAAGUUUGCACGUUUCCCCGUCACUGGUCUGGUUGAAGGACGGAGUUACACGUUUCGUGUGCGCGCGGUUAAUAAAGCAGGAAUGAGCCACCCGUCACGCGUGUCUGAACCUGUAGCUGCUAUGGAUCCUGCAGAUCGCUCCAGAAAAGGUGCUUCGGCUCCUUGGACUGGACAAAUAAUUGUAACCGAGGAGGAGCCUGUGGAGGGAGUGGUUCCUGGCAGACCUCAAGAGCUCUCAGUCAUCGAAGCCACCAAAAACUAUGUGGUGCUGAGCUGGAAGCCGCCGGGAGAAAAAGGCCAUGAAGGAGUCAUGUAUUAUGUGGAGAAGUGUGUGUCGGGCACAGACAGCUGGCAGCGAGUGAACACUGAAAUCCCAGUGAAAUCUCCACGCUUUGCUCUUUUUGAUCUGGCCGAGGGCAAAUCUUACCGCUUCAGAGUUCGAUGCUGCAACUCCGCUGGUGUUGGAGAACCAUCAGAACCCACCGAUGCCACAACGGUUGGAGACAAACUGGAUAUCCCAUCAGCCCCUGGCCGUGUGGUGCCGACCCGUAAUACAGACACAUCGGUGGUGAUUUCAUGGGAAGCGUCUCGUGAUGCUAAAGAGCUGGUGGGCUACUACAUCGAGAGCAGCAUCGCAGGGAGCAAUUCUUGGGAGCCAUGCAACAACAAACCAGUUAAAGCCACAAGGUUUAUCUGCCAUGGCUUGACCACAGGCGAGAGUUAUGUUUUCCGCGUGAGAGCGGUCAAUGCAGCAGGAAUCAGUGAAUUCUCACAGGAAUCUGAAGCUAUUGUAGUGAAAGCUGCUAUUGCUUCACCCGCUCCACCCUAUGGCAUCUCUGUGCUGGAAUGUGUGCGGGAUUCAAUGGUUCUGGCCUGGAAACAGCCCACUUUCAUUGGUGGCGCUGACAUCACUGGUUACUUUGUUGAUUAUCGUGAAGUCAUUGGCGGUGUCCCGGGAAAAUGGCACGAGGCCAAUAUUAAGUCUAUCAGUGAGAGAGCCUACAGAGUUUCAGAGCUGAAGGAAAACAUGCUGUACCAGUUCCAGGUUCGAGCUGCCAACAUGGCCGGUGUGGGCAUACCAUCUCUUCCCAGCGAGACAUUCACGUGUGAGGAGUGGACGAUUGCUGUACCGGGACCACCGCAUGACCUCCAGGUUCAGGAGGUGCGUAAAAGCUCUCUGGUGUUGCUCUGGAAGCCUCCGGUUUACCAGGGUCGUGAUGCUGUGAACGGAUAUUACAUCGACAUCAAGGAGGCUGAAGCUGACUUUGAAAUGUGGAGAGGAGUCAACGAGAAAGCUACAGACAAGACAUACUUCAAGAUCAAUGAUCUGAAGGAGGGCGAGUCGUAUGUUUUCCGCGUUCGUGCUCAGAAUAAGGCUGGUGUGGGAAAGGCAUCAGAUCCUACGGAACCGGUUGAGGCAGUGACUAAGCCGGGCACUGCUGAGAUAGUGGUGAAUGUCGAUGAUGAUGGCGUAAUUUCUCUGAAUUUCGAAUGCUCCAAUCUUACCGGUGACUCCAAAUUUGUCUGGUCCAAGAAUUACGAGGAAAUGACAGAACCUGAACGCAUGACCUUAGAGACCAAGGGUAGCAAGUCCAAAGCCAUCUUUAAUUCUCCUUCAGAGGAGGAUCUGGGCAUCUACUCUUGUUUCGUGACGCACACUGAUGGAGCAUCUGCCAGCUACACUCUCUCUGAGGACGCUCUGAAAGAACUGCUGAAGGUCAGCCAUGACCACAAAUUCCCCAUCAUCCCUCUGAAGACGGAGCUGGCCGUGGAGCUGCUGGAGAAAGGCAGAGUUCGCUUCUGGCUACAGGCGGCAAAAAUCUCUGCCAACGCAAAAGUUGAAUACGUGUUCAAUGACAACAUGAUCUCACAGGGGGAGAAAUACAAGAUGAACUUUGACAAAAAUACUGGCAUUAUUGAGAUGUUCAUGGAGUCUUUGGGCAAAGAGGACGAGGGCACGUUCACUUUCCAGCUUCAGGAUGGAAAAGCCACCAACCAGUCCAGUCUAGUGCUAAUCGGAGAUGUGUUUAAGCAGUUGCAGAAAGAAUCAGAGUUUCAGAGGAAAGAAUGGCAUAGAAAGCAAGGUCCACACUUUGUGGAGUAUCUUGGUUAUGAAGUGACACCCGAGUGCUGCGUCAGACUGAAGUGCAAAGUUGGUAACAUGAAGAAAGACUCGACGGCGCUGUGGUAUAAAGAUGGACGGGAGGUGAAGGUCGACGAAAAACUGGAUUUCUCUGAAGGAGUGUUAACUUUGGAGAUCGCACAGAUUUCGAAAAAGGAUGCUGGUAUUUAUGAAGUGGUUCUGAAAGACGAAAGAGGCAAAGACACCUCCACCCUCAACCUUACUGACCAAGGAUUCAAAGACCUGAUGAACCAGGUUUUCAGUGUUAUUGCAAACUCCUCGACUCCGCUAAAGAUCCAGAGCACAGAGGAGGGAAUCAGACUCUACACCUUUGUCAGCUAUUAUAAUGACGAGCUGCACGUCACCUGGCAUCACAAGGACGCCGCGAUCGCUUUCACCGAGCGCAUUAAGAGCGGUGUUGUUGGAGAACAGCUGUGGCUGCAGAUCUCUGAACCCACAGAGAAAGACAAAGGCAAAUACGCCAUUGAGUUCUUCGAUGGGAAAGGAGGAUUACGCAGAACUGUGGAGCUCGCUGGACAAGCGUUUGAUGAUGCAUUUGCUGAAUUUCAAAGACUCAAGGCUGCAGCGAUUGCAGAGAGAAAUCGUGCUCGUGUGGCUGGUGGUUUACCUGAUGUUGUGACCAUACAAGAGGGCAAGUCGCUGAACCUGACCUGUAAUAUCUGGGGUGAUCCUGUACCAGAGGUGACGUGGCUGAAGAACGAGCGCGAGAUGGUUUCAGAUGAUCACUACAUCCUCAAGUUUGAGUCUGGAAAGUUUGCCAGUUUCACCAUCACCAGCGUCAAUACGGCCGAUUCUGGCAAGUACAGCAUCCUGGUCAAGAAUAAAUACGGCACGGAGAGCGGAGACUUCACCGUAAGUGUCUUCAUGCCAGACGAGGAGCACGGCAAGAAAAAAUAAAUUGAAAAAAGGAUUAACUUAGAAAUUGAUUAUAGUGCAAUACAAAAAACAGGUUAAAGUACAGAGAUGAUGUAUUUACUAACACAAACAAACAAUGAAUAAUACAUUUACUACAGUAUUUAUUCAUCUUUGUUAACGUUAAUGGAAAUAAAGUUGUUAGUUUUUGCUACUCAGUGCAUUAACCAAUGUUUACAAGCACAACUAUGGAGACCGAAGAGUAUGCAAAUAAUAGGAUUAAUAAAUGCUGUACACGUAUCGUUCAUUCUUAGUUUAUGUUAGUAAACUUACAUUAAUUAGUUCAUGCAGAAAUAUAUUAAUAAUAAUUAAUGCCCAGUUUAUAUUUCACAUCCGAAGGUACAAAAGUUUGGAAUAAUUACAUUUUUAUGUUGUUUCUGAUGCUUGCCAAGGCUGUAUUUAUAUGACAAAACAAAACAGAUCAUUAAGUGAGGUUUAUUAAUAAACAAAUUUCGAGAGGAUCAUGUGCUUAUGAUUUAUCACAGCCGGUCUCGUAUUAAGCUAAUCAGUAUCAUCCAAUCAUAUGAGCCAUAAGCUACUAUAAAUAACCACAGUUUUCAGUCCACCUUAUCUUUGUUUGGAAGAACCCCCCCUUCCUCCCCAUUCUCCUCCUUCACCUUAGAUCGGGUGGCACGGAGGCCCAGCGGUUAGCACUGUUAGCCCCACAGCAAGAACACUGCCAACCCUGGUCCUGCCAGGUCGGUAGGUGUUUCUGUGAGGAGUUUGUAUGUUCUCCCCGUGUCCGCGUGGGUUUUCCCUGGGUUCUCCGGUUUCCUCCCACCAUCCAAAUACAUACAUCAUGCAUAACAAUCAAGCAUUUGUCUAGCCCCUUUUUUUCCUCACAUGUUCCCUUAGCUACUGCAGACGGGGAGUUCUGAGAUCCACCGAGCUCAGACUCCCCUCUCGCUCUGCAAAUGGGAGGAAGCCCCGGGCUCGAGGAUCCCUUGAGCUCGGGGCUCUCUCCCGGGACAGCAUGCCAAACAAGCUUUUGAUGAAUCAUCAGCUAAGUGUGAACUCUUGAAAUGAUAUUGCAAUCCAAAUGAAAGGUUUUACAAUUGUAUUAUAUAUAAAAAUAUAUAUUUAUACAAGCAUCAUUAAUAUAAACUCAAAUCUAUUUCAUGAAAACUAUCAAAUGCAAUCCUAGUGAGCACAAGAAACCUUUAGAAACAUAAAAAAACAUGUUAUUCCACACUUUCCCCUAAAUCCGGUGGUGUUUUUCACAAUGGAGAGUAUCAACAUGGUGCUAAUAUCUUGAUUUUCGCUAAAUGAAAAGUAUUGGUCCAAGUUUUAAUCCACCACACACACAAUCAAAAGCAGUGUUUUAACAGGAAACACACUGUGAUUUGCAGUUUGCAUUAUUUACUUGACAGUAUUCUCCGUUGUGGUGUAAGAAAAUAAAAGAGCCCAUAUUAGAGAAUGAAUGAUUUCAGAUUGUACUGUGUGACUUUCCUUGUGUAGAUUUAGUGAAGAAACAAGCACAUAAAGAUGAUCAGAUAUGACUUGAGAGACAAAUGCUCCAUUUCUCUAUGGUUUAUCAUUAUUCUGUCCUGAAAGGCAGGUGCAUAGAUUCAUAAAACCACCAAUCACUGCUGUAUAGAAAUCCUUUAAAAAGGGUUAGUUCACACAACAAUUUAAAUGAUGUUAUUAGUUUUUCAUCCUCAUGUAGCUUCAAUCUCUUGUACACAA